CAGCCUCUGGAGUGGGAGGUGACAGCACGGCCUGCAGCCAUGUGGCUGGCCCUUCUCCUCCUGCUGUGUCUGAGCCCUGUGACUCCAAAGCAGAAGACAGGAAGUUGUUCCCAACCCCAUUCUCUCUGCUGCUUCGGAACUGACCACCGCUGCAGGCGAGGAAGCUGCUACUGCGAUGAAUUCUGCCAUGUGGUACCAGACUGCUGCCCAGACUAUGGCUCCCUCUGCAACCCUGGUACCUUGCACCCAGGCUCCCUUCCAUCCAUAGCAGAAUGGGAUGCUGUGAUUGACAGAGGAGAGUCCCUUGCCUGUGCAUUAGGUCAUGGCUGGGAUGUGAACUGGCUGGCUCCUAAGACCCCUAGCCAUCUCGAGUUCCUGGCACUCCUGUCAAUUUUAUGUUGAAAGUGCCUCCCCUUUCCUCCAGUGCUCCUUGCUUGGCACCUGCUGCUCCCCUCGGAACCUCUUUUUCCAUAUGGCUGAGGGGAAGCUAAGCUGUUGGCAGUGAAGAUCAGGGUGGGAGGAUGAGGUGUUUGGGGUUCCACCUUACUGCCUCACUUUCUCUUGGAGCAUGCAUAUCUCUUGGGGAGACAGGAGUCUGCAGACAGGUGCUGGGGGUGUUGGGUAACCACAGGAGAGGUUAGAGGCAAGGACAAGGACAGAGACUUUCAAGUCUGUGUUUCUCCUAGCUUCUCAGACUACCAAGAUGGUGCUGCAGAUGGUGCUGAGUAUAGAGAACCCACCUGGCCCCACAAGAAUCAAUCCAGACUGGGUGAAGAAUGUGGUAUGUGCCAUAGAUGUUUCCCUUUCUGACUUCUAGAUCUCAAAGUCUAGGGGGAAAAAAAGAAAGGAUCCCU